AUGAUAGCCUGUGGUGCAUAUCUAUACUGGCGAAGGAGGGGAUCUAACAGAUCGCAGACAUCCUUACCACUCAACUUUCCAUCGAGAACACCGACUGGUAUACGACUAUCAGAAGACGGACCACCAGCAACUACUUUCACCCACGACAACGCCUCGACAGACUCCCUACCUACCCAUGCCUUACAGGAGAUUCCCGAAUUACACCAGCCCACCCCAAUCGCAUACUCCGAUACCAAUCAUCCCAUACCUAGCAAAGCUGCUAGUAUUUUGGGGAUAGGCAAGAAUAGGAGAUCAGCCAAGGGAAAGCAUAAAGGGCCAAUAGAGGAAGAGGAUGAUGAUGAUGUCGAAAGCGAGCUAGAAGAACUAGCAGAACGGGGCAAAUUUGGAAUAGGAGAUGAAGGUGAAAUUGGCUCGGAUAGUGAUGAUCAUGAACGGUUGGGUCCACUAGGAAAGAAGUAA